AUGUCGCGUCGGCCGCACCCCCGGCCGCGCCUACUGACGCGUCCCUGUCGCCAGGCUGCACCAGAACCCACGCCAGCGCCAGAGCCAACCCCUCAGCAGCCUCCCGACCAGCAAUCUGACGACGAGCGCGAACCUGGCGACUGGCGGCCUUCCCGCCCCGCAACACCACCGCAGCGCACCGACGACAUCUCUGAAGGCUCCGAAGCCACUGCUAGACCCACUAGAGCAGAACCAGCAAGUCGAUACGCCAACCUCAACUACUGGAAAGCUAGAAGAGUUACCUUCUACAGAAAUGGGGACCCAUUUCACCCCGGUGUUGAGUUCCGGUUCAAGCCGGGCAGAGAUCUGGCGUCAAUGGAUGCCCUUCUCGACAGGCUCUCAGAAAGACUGGAACUGCCACGAGGAGCGAGGUUCAUCUUCGGUAUGGACGGUGACAGAAAGUACAGGCUUGAGGAGUUGGAGGACGGAGCCUCGUACGUUGUAUCAUCUUAUAAAACGUUUAAGGGCCUCUGCGCAGUUGACUUCGGCCCUUCGUACGCCUCCCAAAUGAUCGAGACCCUGUGGUCUCGGUAUCCACAAGCUACGAAGGUGUGGCGUCCAAGCAGGUACCGGUGGCUGUCAGCUGCUGACAGCUCGAUGCUGGACAGCGAAGAGGACUCGCCCUUCGUCGUCGUAUCGCUGCCGGUGUACUCUACUGAGCCAUUUGCGGCGAGCUACGGCAAAAAGAACGGCAUGUGGUACGGAGGCACCACGACGGGUACCAGUGCUUGGUCCCGAGCUGGUACUCGUAAGCAGUCGGUCGCGGAAUCCGAUGCUCCUCCUCCAGGAGGUGGCAAGCCAGCCAGUGGCCGCGUCAUCAGGAUCAUCAAUAAUAUGGACCAUUCUAUACAGUGUCGUGUAUUAUUGAAUUUACGCACAACACAGCCUUUUGAAGAAGUUUUAGAAGAUUUAGGUCAAGUUCUGAAGAUGAGCGGAGCUAAGAGAAUGUACACAAGCACCGGGCAAGAGGUGAGGAGUUUCUCUCAGCUGCGGAACGAGUUCGCUGAUGUGGAGACGUUUUACUUGGGCUCCUUAAUUGUGGCCCCCGCCUUGAGCCCUGGUAUCAGUGCUCCGCUACCCAUUGAGUCACCUAUCAGAAGAUCUCGAUCACGAGGGAACGUUGCGGCUGCGCCGAUGGCUGCCGAAGACAUGCGCGGGAGACGAGCGAGGAGCAAAAGUCGACCGCGUGUACUGUAUGCACCUGAAGGAGAAAUCGUUCGUAAUUCAGAUUACACUUUGCUGGAAGUGUUAAAAGAGGAGCCGAUCAGAGUCACAAUCAGAGGUCUUCGGCGCACAUUCUACCCUCCGAUACACCACGCACCCAUCGACAACUCCCCACCGGAUAAGAAAUUACAAUUAGAUUGGGUUUACGGCUAUCGUGGAUCGGAUUCCCGUCGCAACCUGUGGGUGUUACCGACUGGCGAACUGCUUUAUUACGUGGCUGCGGUCGCCAUAAUGUAUGACAGAGACGAAGAGUCCCAGCGACACUACAUUGGACACACGGAAGACAUACAAUGCAUGGAACUGCACCCGUCGCGAGAGUUGGUGGCCAGUGGGCAGCGCGCAGGUCGCGGCAGGAGAGCGCAGGCGCACGUUCGCAUCUGGAGCACCGACACCUUACAGACAUUACACGUUUUCGGUAUGGCCGAGUUCGAAGCUGGGGUCUCUGCUGUCGCAUUUUCGCAACUUAACGGAGGCAGCUACGUGCUAGCGGUGGACGCUGGUCGCGAAAGCAUCCUCUCUGUAUGGCAGUGGCAGUGGGGGCAUUUACUAGGAAAAGUUGCGUGUCUGCGACCUUGUGACCCCAAGGUUGGACACCACAUUAAGAUGUGGCGACAUGUGCACCCCGAUAGCGGCAUGCAGACUUUGCAAGAAGAACUAACUGGUGCCGCGUUCCAUCCACUUGACGAUAACUUGCUGAUCACUCACGGAAAAGGACAUCUAGCCUUCUGGAAUCGUAGAAAAGAUGGAUUCUUUGAACGCACUGAUAUCAUCAAACCGCCAUCGCGUACUCAUGUGACCGCGUUGCAGUUUGAACAAGACGGUGAUGUUGUAACAGCUGACAGUGAUGGCUUUAUCACAAUAUACAGCGUCGAUAGCGAUGGAGCUUACUUUGUACGCAUGGAAUUUGAGGCGCACAUUAAAGGCAUUAGUUCAUUGGUAAUGCUUUCGGAAGGUACUUUAAUAUCCGGAGGAGAAAAGGAUAGAAAAAUAGCUGCAUGGGAUUCUCUUCAAAAUUAUAAGAGAAUAACAGAAACGAAGUUGCCUGAAUCUGUAGGAGGGGUACGUAGUAUUUACCCACAGAGACCUGGCAGAAACGAUGGUAACAUUUAUGUUGGCACCACACGCAACAAUAUUAUGGAAGGAUCUUUGCAAAGAAGAUUUAAUCAGGUGGUAUUUGGACAUCACAAACAGUUGAUGGGUCUAGCUGUUCACCCUGAUGAUGAAAUGUUUGCUACUGCGGGCCAUGACAAAAAUAUUGCCCUUUGGAAGGGUCAUAAACUUGUAUUUGCUACACAGGUUGGAUAUGAGUGCGUAUCUCUGGCGUGGCAUCCAAGUGGUGGAGCUCUAGCGGCAGGUAGCACUGAAGGUCAUCUCGUAGUUCUUAAUGCAGAUGCUGGGGCCCAUGUCGCGACAUUACGAGUUUGCGGCUCACCACUCAGUUGCUUGGCAUAUAACUCUGCGGGUGACACUUUAGCCAUAGGAUCACAAAACGGUAGCAUUUAUUUGUUCCGUGUAUCUCGAGAUGGGUUUUCUUACAAGAAAUCGAAUAAAAUACGAGGAGCUCAAGCUCUCGUGCAACUUGACUGGAGUUUAGACGGCAAUUACUUGCAGACUGUGACCGCUGAUUACGAUCUGGCCUUUUGGGAUAUUAAGUCUUUGUCGCCAGAAAAGAGUCCAAUCGCCAUGAAGGAUGUCAAAUGGUCUACUUACAACUCUACAGUUGGAUUCCUGGUAUCGGGAAUGUGGAACAAUAGAUUCUACCCCAUGACAACUUUAAUAUCAACGGCAAGUCGAUCUGCUGCUCAUGAUCUCCUUGUAAGCGGUGAUCUGGAUGGAUACGUGCGAUUGUUCAGGUAUCCUUGUGCUAGCCCAAAAGCAGAAUACAAUGAAAUGAAGGUAUACAGCGGUGCGAUAUACAGCGCACGCUUCUUGUUUAAUGAUCGCUGCAUGAUCAGCGCUGGAGGAACUGAUGCUGCCUUAAUGCUGUGGGACCUUGUGGAUGAUUAG